GAUCACGUGUGUGAUCCUCUCGCACCUUUUGCUGCCGCGGCUUCACUUCACCGACCGACUUGUGACUUUGUUAGGUGUUGUGAUGUGUUCCCCCAUCUGUAUGCGGUCAAGAGCAGAUUCGCCCAUCCACGCUUGUCGAUCAUCAUUUCCCUCAAAAGCAUCGCGUAGGACCACCCUCACUCUGAAAGCUUCGGAUCGACCAGCAACGCGGAACACGCACCUUGCUCAAAGGCAGCGGGCCUCUCAAAAUGUACAGCGCCGAAUCAACGCACAAACGUCGAAGAAGCGCACUCCGAGCGGACGAAAAGAGGAAUCCCGUAUCCGUGCUGGCUCACGCUUCUUCCCGGCGCAUCCUAUCCACAUUUCACGACGAUGCAUGUAGAGAAGCCUGUGCGACUGAGCAAGGAAAGGGCAAAGGGAGGGCCUUGGAUGAGCUGCAAAAGAGGGUGACGGGACAGUUGGUGGGCGCUCACUGCCUCCAGAUCAUCAUGCCGACCGCGAGCUCGUUGCCGUCCAGCGUGCAUGCUCAGCAUGCCUCAUCCAGCAAAGCACCUACCGCACUCGCAUCCAACCUCGAUGCCCCCCUCACUCCAUCGCUGGCAAACUUGAGCGGCAGUCCGGCGCUGAUCCUUUUGCGCAUCUCGGAUCUCUUGACGAAUGGCGUCCUACUACAAAUGGCCAAGAGGCCAGAGGAUGAGUUGACUCUGAUCGCUAGCACCGCUAGCUCGAGCGAUGGGGAUACGUGGACCCUGGUGGACGGCACAUUGCACCUUUCGGUCCAAAGAAGCACCUACCUCUCACUAGGUUUGGUGGGCAGACCAAGCUCUUUCUGUCGAACCUCGUCAGGCCGCUAUUCGGAUCGACGCUCAGGCUCAGUGGAAAGAUUUCGCAUCGACAUUGACAUUAGAGCCAAAUCUUUCGCCCCUGCAAAAAAGGGCUUCGAAAGGGUCAAGAGAGCGCUACAAUGGUGGGAUUCGCACAGGAACAGCGACAUGGAUGCCUCGUGGGAAGUGGUGGGUUGUUGGAAUGGCCAGCAGAGCUUUCCCCUGCCCAUCGCAUUGGACCUCUCGACACGACCUCUUGUCAAGGAGAUGGAAGACGUUUGGGUACCCAACUUGUCAUACUUUUACCAGUCAUCUCUCGAUGAUGCAUCGUGCUUGGAUCAAUGGGAUCAGACAUGGCAGCACAUAUCCGAGUGGAGCGCGCUUGUCAGCUUGGGAGUGGAAUGCAUACGUACCUACGCACGCCCCAGCCAUACCUGCAGGCUGCCCACGGAGGAGUGGGAGCAACUCAGUGCCUAUGCGCAUGGGGUGAAGAUUAUCACUUACGAGGGUCCCCUUUGCCCUAGUCAAGUGCAGAGCAUUUUCUGCUCCCUGCAGAAAGAUGUGGAUGCCCAGGGACUCGAGGCAACGCAAAGCAGAAAGGCGGCAGGGCCGAAAGAGAGAAAUCAGCAACGGGAGGGCGAAAAGGACGUCGAAAGGUGUGAUGCAGAAAUGCCCUGGGCCUUUGUUAGCUGCACCGCUUGGCAAGGGAGCUGCGUCGCUUGGCGAUCGAAGGAGAGCAAGACUGACCGAGCUGAGUCGGGCGUGACUCGUCGGAGAAGAGUCGUGCGGGAACGCGACGAGGCGGAAGAUGAAGCCUCGGAAAUCGACGACAACCCGAGCGAUUUGGUUGGGUAUGGCACCGAGCAAGACGCCAUGUCCGUAGACUCCUCGAGCUCGGCCGCAGAGGCCGACGAUGCGCAUCGUGCGACUUUGGACGCGUCGGAAGCUGUAUCCGCAGCAGCGGGCGCGACAGGCGCAAAGAAGCGCAAGAAGACGUGGCAAGGGAGUGGAAAAGCGGCUCGACGAGCUCGAUCGAAGAGGGUGCAGAGGAGGGGCCAUCGAAGGGCUGGGGAGAAUGAGCACGCUGAUGAAGUUGCUGGAGGCGGCGGUCCUGCUGGUUGGUCCGUCCUGCUCUUCCCUUCCUACAGCCCUGACGAGGCAACAACCUCUGGGUUUAGCGCGGACGAAAAUUGCGGUGCCAAGGAUGAAUGUCACCUCUGGAGGAGACCAAAGUGCAGGUGGAUGGCCUCCGAGAAUGUAGGUAUCGACACGCGCAAUUGAAAUGGAUAGAUGUACUCCUGCUUGCAUAGUUUGCCACAGCUCCACUGUGCUCGCAAGUCGGGUGCCGAAAUGAAAGGU